UCAGUCCUUUAUGUCCUAUAAUCCCCACUUGUCUUUUCUGGAAAUGACAUGAACAGCAUUCUAAUCACUGACUACAUUUUUGGAUCUCAUUUUCAUGACAAAGCAUUUGUAGCGGUUUGAUAAAACAAAGGACCGGCACGGCGGGUAUAAAAGGGAGCGGGUUACGGGAUCCAGCGCCACCUCACACAGGGAGACUUGGGUGGUACUAAAACAAUGUCAACGAUGGGAAGGAUUGUGUUCUAUGAGGACAAGAACUACCAGGGCCGACGCUAUGAGUGUGACAGCGACUGCACAGACUUCCAUUCCUACCUGAGCCGCUGUAACUCCAUCAGGGUGGAGAGUGGUGCCUGGGUGGUCUACGAGAGGCCCAACUACACCGGCUACCAGUAUGUACUGACCAGGGGAGAGUACCCUGACUACCAGCGCUGGAUGGGCCUCAACGACCACGUCUGCUCCUGCAAGAUGGUUCACUUUGCUAGCGGUAUCCCCUACAAGCUACAGCUGUACGGGAAGGGAGACUUGGCAGGCCAGGCGUUCGAGGCCACCGAGGACUGCCCCUCCGUGCUGGAGAAGUUCCACUGGCGCGAGGUGCACUCCUGCAAGGUGCUGGGCGGCUGGUGGGUCUUCUACGAGCACCCCAACUACAAGGGCCGUCAGUAUCUCCUGGAGAAGGGCGAGUACCGCAAGCCCACGGACUGGGGCGCGGUGUGUCCCAACGUCCAGUCCUUCAGACGCCUCACUGAGUAACCAGGGUCUAGAGUUGUCCCCCUCUCGCCCAACCAAUCCGAUCCCUCCUGCCCAAUGCUCGAUCAAGUCAUCUACUACCAUUCUUAACACCAAGAGAUGGACCUGACACUGAGCCACGGCCACGAGCUCAAAUAAAACUCUGACUGGCAAGCAGCUGACCAGUUGUGUUUUUAUUGUGUGUUUGGUGUAGGUCUGACAAUGUCUAAUACAGCCGACAACCAAUGGACAAGAUCCUCUCUGCAGUCACUCUGCGUCAAACCAACUCUAGAGCCUAAACUGUAAAACAAGACUUUUAUAUUUUUGAUGUGUUUCAUUUGAUCAUAGCCAGUGAUAGAUAUGGUAUAACAAUAACUUGUCAGUUCAUAACAUUUCAUAUUAGGAAUAAAUACAUUUGGUAAUAAUAACUUA